GAGAGGGAGGGGAAAGACAGCGAGAGAGAAAAAGGCAGGAAGGAAAAGGAGAGGAGGGAGGGAGAGGGAAGAGGAGGGAGGGUGAGUCCAUUUGCCCGGAGAGCACUGCUGGCCCCGGGGAGCGCGGCCGCCUCGCCGCCACCGAGAUCUAGGGUUCCGGCGGGCCAAGCCAUGGCCAGUCCGCGGUCCCCAGUUGGCGGCGCAGCCGCCGGGGACGAGACGAUCUGGAAGAAGCUCAGCGAGGCGGGCUUCGACGAGGAGUCCGUCAGGAGGCGCGACAAGGCGGCGCUCAUCGCCUACAUCUCGCGGCUCGAGUCCGAGAUUUAUGAUUACCAGCACAAUCUUGGGCUUGUGUUGUUAGAGCGCAAGGAAUUGACAUUAAAGCAUGAACAGCUUAGAGCUUCUUCGGAGUCUGCUGAGAUCAUGUACAAGCGUGAACGAGCUUCCCAGCAAUCAGCUCUAGCUGAGGCACGAAAGAGGGAAGAAAACCUAAAAAAGAGUUUAGGAAUUCAAAAAGAGUUUGUUGCUAAUCUUGAGAAGGCAUUGCAUGAUAUGCGUGGGGAAACAGCUGAAACAAAAAAUUCAUAUGAAACCAAAUUGGCUGAAGCACUUAAAAUGAUGGAUAGUGCUCAAAAGAAACUUGAUGAGGCAGAAGAGAAGCUUUUUGCAGCAAAGUCUUUGGAAAUAGAGUCUACUCGAGUGCAUAAUACUGCUUUGAGAAGUUUACAAGACCUGGAAGAUCGUGAAGAUCAGCUUAGGAGAUACCGUAUUUCUAAUGAACUUGUGUAUGAGGCCAAAGAAAAGGAUAUUAGCCUGCAGAGGAAAUCGUUGAAUGAUACCAAGAAAAUAUUGCAUGACAAAGAGCAGGUACUACUGACAGAACAAACGCUUCUUAAUCAGAGGGAUGAGAACAUCCUUGAGAGGUUAACAUUUGUAACUCAGUCGGAGAAAAGAUUGGAAGAGGAUAGGUUGAUACUUGAAAGUGAACGGAUGGUUCUAAUGGAAGAGAGAAACAAUUUGGUCCUUAAAAUGGAGGGAAUAGCUUCAAGGGAGGAAGCUAUUAUUCAGAAGGAAACCCUACUUGAUAAACGGGAGAGUGAGCUAUUGAUUUUCCAAGAAACAAUUGCAAAUAAAGAAAGGGCUGAAAUUGACAGGCUGAAUCAGGAACAUGAAAUGGCCUUGGAGAGGAGAAAGCUUGAAUGUGAAACUGAGAUAGAGAAUAAGCGAUUGGCCUAUGAGGCAGAAAUGGAGGAAAAAAUUACUUUGCUGGAUCAAAGAGAAAGAGCUCUCAGUGAGCAAGAGUUGGCAUUUGCUCAAAGGGAGCAAAAUGUUGAUCUUCGGCUUGCUGAAUUAGCAAGCAUGGAAGAGGCCUUAUCAGGGAGAUCAGGCCAGUUAAAAGUGGAGGAAGGGAAGCUCCUCUCUCACAGAGAAACGGUGCACAUUGAACUGCAAAAAGAAAGAGAGGAAAUACAGAAGAUGAAAUUAGAUUUGGAGAAGGAAAAGGUUUUCUUUGAAGAAGAGAAACAAGAUGCGAUUCAAGCUCAGCAAAAUCUUGCAAUAACCCAAGCAGAUAGGGACGAUUUGCUUACUUUGCAGAUGAAACUGAAAGAAGAAAUUGACAAUCUUAGAGCCCAAAAAAAGGAACUCAUGGCUGAUGCUGAUAGGCUGCAAGGAGAAAAGGAAAGGUUUGAGAUUGAAUGGGAGCUGAUUGAUGAAAAGAAAGAAGAGCUACAGAAGGAAGCUGCCAGAAUUUCUGAAGAGCGAAGACUAAUAACUGAGCAUCUCAAGAGUGAAUCAGAUGUCAUCAAACAAGAGAAGGAAAAGUUGCGUGCUCAGUUCAGAAAUAAUUCAGAAACCCUUUCUCGGGAACAUGAAGAGUUCAUGAGUAAGAUGCAGCGAGAGCAUGCAAGUUGGCUGAGUACGAUUCAACUUGAAAGGGAAGACCUUACAAGAGACAUUGAUAACCAGAGAAUGGAGCUACUGAACUCGGCCAAGGCAAAGCAGAUGGAAAUAGAUUCUUAUUUAAGGGAAAGAGAAGAAGAGUUUGAGCAGAAAAAAUCCAAGGAGCUUGAGUACAUAAACUCUCAAAAGGAUACGAUCAACUCAAAACUAGAACAUGCUGCACUUGAAUUACAAAAACUUGAGGAUGAGAGGAAAGAUGCUGCUUUGGAGCGUGAGAAAAGAGAGCAAGAGCUGUCUGAGAUAAAAACCACCAUUGAAGCCCUUAAUAAUCAAAGAGAGAAGCUGCAAGAACAACGAAAGCUGCUACAUUCAGACAGAGAAGCAAUAACAGAGCAAAUCCAGCAACUUAAUGUGCUUGAAGAGCUGAAAACUGACUCUGAGAACAAGCAGCUCUGUUUGACAGAGUGCGGAAAGUCGAAGAUGAAUGAUAAUGGUCUUCCUCCUGGUGAAGAUCAUCAUGCAACUCCUAAGAAUUGUUCUUCACCAAAGCUUCUUGAAAGGAAACUAGAAGUGUCACCUUCAGUCUCAACACCAAUUUCCUGGGUUCGAAAAUAUGCUCAGGUGAUAUUCAAGCGCUCUCCUGAGAAGAGUGCUGAUCAUGACAGUGAUAACAUUCUUCAUAACGGCUUACCAAAAAACCUCCAAAAAGCUGUUGACAUCAAUGGAUCACAUGCUGAUCAGCUAGCCAAUGGAGCUGGAGAAGUACCUCAAGAUUUUGAUGGUGCAAAAGUUGGGAAAAAGAGGCAUUAUUUGGUCUCUUGUGAUCAAAGUGAUGUUCUAGAGCCGAGGCGAAAGCACCAAAGGAGUACUAUUCAGAAAGUAAUUAGAGGGGAAAUUACUUCAAACUGCCCAUCAGUUCUAGAAGAAAAGUGCUCCAAAAAUGAACAUGAUGCCAUCCAACUUGGUUUAUCUGAAUAUGGUAAUAAAGGGGCACAGAACUUGAGAUUGCCAGUAGACCCAGCUUCAUCUGAUGAUCUGGCCUUUGCAAAUGGGAAAGCAGACCAUUCAGGGUUUGUUGAUGAUGAUGAAACUUCAGAGGAGAUCACUGUGUGUGCAACUGAGCAAACUUCCGGAUAUGCAAUUGAGCGCAGGGAUGAGCAAGACAAAGAUGUUGAUGACGAAGAUACUGACGACGAAGAGGAAGAGCUAGAGGAAGAGAAAACAUCGUCAGCGAAGAAGUUGUGGCGUUUCCUUAUCACAUGAGUAGCUUUCCCUUACGAUAGACAUGCAGAGCUGACUGUAGGCUGACAGUUACCUCUUAUGAAGAUACUUUGCUCGAGCUCCAUCCCUUCCGGGUUGAAGGGUGGUAGGCAGUUACUGGUUUGGUCGUGUGCCUGUUUUUCCAAACAGCAGCUGUUUUCAAUGCCGCUGUGGAUUUGCGCUAUUUUCUCAUCUCAUCCCGAACGUUUCAGCAUGUAAAGUGGCUGAUAGCUUCCAGGUUGUGUAUAAAUGAUUGGGGUCUAGGGAAACCCAUAUGGUCAGUAGCAGAAGCGUUGCGCUAAGGGGCGCGGUGGUAUUCUAUUGUGCAAUGCUCUUUCAGUGCCACUAUGUAGAUGGUUUUAACAAUAUUUGUGACUACUCGUAUGACUGGCUUGGUAUCAUGCCAUACAAAGGUGCGUCUUGUUUGUCUGCGACUCA